CUUCCUGUCCACAUGUUAUUGUGAUUGUUGCGACAACUAGGGCCUAAUAGCCAAUUAUUGGUUCGAAAUACUGAUUUAUUCUAGUAUUCAAAUUUAUCAGUUGCUAAAGACCACCCGAAUAAAUAUUCCAUGUAUGUGAUUGUUUCCCGUUAGGUAACGGGUGCCUGAAAACUUUACUACUGACAGCCACUCUACUGUCACGUCUUGGUCCCCGCCCACCACACACAAUCACUGAAUCAGUCCACUGGUUGUUAUCGACAUCGCCACCUCAAAAAGGGGUCAUCUAGCACAUCCACAUAACUGUACACAGGUGUUGUGUUUGAUUCUCGGAUAAGUCCGGGAUAAAUACAACGUGACAAAAUUGCCACGCUUAUAAUACGCCGGCUUCUAGAGACGAAGUGGAAUUGUAAAUAUCUUCCGGUUAUUACACCUGAGAAAUUAAUCAGAAAUAGAUUUGAAUCCAAACAUAGUGAUAUUAUUAUUGUUCAUAGGCCAAUAACAAAACUUACUUUUGGAUCAAAUAGACUGAAUUUUUUUAGACAUUAUAGCAAUAUGUCUGGAACUUGUUACAAUGUGAUGUUUGUUUUGGGUGGUCCUGGUGCAGGAAAAGGGACACAGUGUCAAAAAAUUGAACAGGAAUUCGGUUAUGUUCAUUUGUCAGCUGGUGACUUACUCAGAGCAGAACGAAAAAAAGAUGAAUCUGAAUACAAAGAUGAAAUAGAAAAACAUAUACGAAAUGGAUCUAUCGUUCCUGUUGAAAUAACUUGUGCUUUAUUACAAAAAGCAAUGAAAGAGAGUGGUAAAAACCAUUUUCUUAUAGAUGGGUUUCCAAGAAACAAAGAUAAUUUAGAUGGCUGGAAUAACACAAUGCAAGGAAUUGCAGAAGUGAAAAGAGUUAUAUUUUUUAAUUGUCCUGUAGAUACAUGUGUAGAAAGAUGUUUGACAAGGGGGAAAACAAGUGGAAGAGCAGAUGACAAUAAAGAGAGUUUAGAAAAAAGAAUUCGCACUUAUGAAGAAUCUACAAUGCCUGUUAUAAAACACUAUAGAUCUUUAGAUUUAGUAGCAGAGGUCAGUGCUGAUCAAAAAGAAGAUGAAGUAUUUAAUGAUGUAAAGAAAAUAUUCUCUAGUUGAUAUGGCUGCUACACAACUACAUGUACUCCACCUUACCAGUUAUUCGUAGAUUUUAUUUAGUUUUUAUACGCCCACAUUGGAAAUGUGGUCGUAUAUUGCCGUUGCCCCCAUCCGUCCGUCGUCCACAAUUUCUUGUGAACACUCUACAGACUAAAGUUAAUAUCCGAUUGACUUUAGAUUUAUACACAGUGUUCAAGAUCAUUAGACGAAGAAUCCCUUUGAUUUUCAACGAUAUCCGAUAAUUACUUCCAGAGUUAUGGCCCUUGAUCACUUCAAAAUAUCUUGUGGAUGCUCUAGAGGCUAAAGUUAAUAUCGAUUGACUUCAGAUUUAUACACCAGGUUUAAGGUCGUGAGACGCAGAAGCCCAGUGAUUGUCAGUGAUUUCAGAUAAUUACUUCCAGAGUUAUGGACCUUGAUCACUUUGAAAAAUCUUGUGGAUGCUCUAGAGACCAAAGUUACCAUCCAAUUAACUUUAGAUUGAUAAACAAGAGUUUAAGGGUCUUGAGACGAAGAAGUAUAUUGAUUUUCAAUGAAUUUUGAUAUCUUGAACAGCUAAAUCCAUGAUAUUAAAUGUUUCGUAUAUUAAACGUUAGCAUGGGGCAGAACUAAAAGCCAAACAAAUUCUAAUGAUUUUCUGAUAAUUACUUAAUGAGAUGUUACUCUUAAUCAGAUUUUAGUGUAUUAUAAAUGUUUCAUUACCGACAAUAGAAAAAAUAUGCGACAACUCUUGUUGACUGCUAGGACGACAUAGCUUCUGUGGGCGUAUGUUUUGUUGCCUGACAACCUAUCUUCUUUUUUUUUUUUUAGAUUUUUCAAACAUGAGAAACAUGAUCAUGACAGAUUUUAUUCAUGCCUAAAGUAGCUUCAUAAGAUGAAAUCUUCAAUGUCAUGUUUAUAGGGUAUUAUAGAUGGUAUAUAAAUGGUAUUGCUUGAUUCUGCAACUUUAGUUGGUCCAAUAGUAGCAUAUCUUGCUUUUUAACACAAAUUUUUUCCAGGCCUGUAAAUCAUUAAUGUACAACAAUAAGAGGGUUCUAAUUUUGUGUUUACUGAGGAGCUAUUAUAGGUUUUUAGUAUUUAUGAUUUAGAACUGCUGUAGGUACAGUGACUUCACAUUAAAGAUGUAUUAUGUAAGAUUUGGUUCAAAAAUAGAUAAUGAAAAAUGAAUAUAUUGAAACUUUUAGUCAAAUUACUCAUUUCUGAGGGGGAGCCACAGUGGCUGGAGGUCGCGGAUUUGAUCCCGGUGUUGGCCAAGAAAGUUCAUCAGAAUUUUCCGUUGUGGUUUACCUUGUCAUUGGUGCAGGAUAGAGGGCCUAGCAAGGACAGCUGUCUAGUUGUUCGGAUGGGACAAAAAAACGAGGUCCCGUGUACACAUUGGCAUUCACAUAAAAGAUCCCUUGGCAGUCGUAAUUCGAUGUAAGAGUAGACCAUAGUGCUGUCGAGGCAAAAUUCUUCUCAUAGCACGCUAUGGCAUAUGCCCGUGUUAAUUAGGCCAGUUGGAGCAGAACUGUAGGACGUUAAACUCCAUUUCAUUUCUCAUUUCAGAGCGAACUCUUCACAAUUUAGUUUCAAUUUUCAAGUACCUUCGUUUCGAUAAUAAACAAAGUCUUGAUAUCCAUUUUUAUACACCCACAUUUUCAUCUGAACGUAUAUUAUCGUCGCUCCUGUCCAUCCGGACAUCCACAAAAUUUGUUUGUGGACACUAAACAGGUCACAAUUUUUAUCCGAUUUUGACGAAACUUGAAAUAUAGGUUUAUAUCCCAAAGAUCUUGAUUGGUAUGUAUCGGACCGUAACUUCAUCGAUUGUUCGAAAAAUCACGGGUUUUUUUAGCUUGUGGACACCCUAGAGGUCAUAAUUUUGAUCCGAUUUUGAUAAAACUAGAAAUACAUGUUUAUAACCUACAGAUCUUGGUUUUUUCAAUAUUCGCGCAUAUCGGAUUGUAACUUCCUGAAUUUUGGUCCUUGAUUGUAUGAAAAAUCAUGUUUUUAGUGUGUGGUCUCCCUAGAGGUCACAAUUUUCAUCCGAUUUUAAAAAAUGUUUUAAUAUAUUACCAUUACACCGUAAUGACGGUUCAGUUGGAAUUUCGUGAAACUCGGACCGAAACUGCCUGACAAAAUGGCCACUCCUUGUACACAAAUAGUGUGAAAGUAUGUAAUACAAGGUUGUGGACCCUUUAGAGGUCAUAAUGAUGAUUCGAUAUUGAUUUAUGUUUAUAUCACAAAGAUCUUGGUUCCUUUUUAUAAUCACGCAUAUUGGAACUUAACUUCUUUGGAUGAUGGCCGCUGAUUGUUAAAAAAAAAAAAUCACGUAUUGAGCAUGUAGACCCUCUAGAAGUCAAAAUUUGGAUUCAAUUUUAUAAACCUUUUAAAUAUAUCACCGUUAAACCUCAGUGAAGGUUGAGUUCAAAAUGACCGCUCUUUGAACGCAAAUAGUCUAAAAGUAUGUAAUACUAAGGUUGUGGACCCUCUAGAAAUCACAAUUUUUAUUUGAUUUUGAUGAAACUUGUAAUGUGUGUUUAUAAUAUAUGUUUAUAUACCAAAGAUCUUGGUUCUUUGCAAUAUUUGCACAUAUCUAAAUUGUACGAAAAAUCACGUUUUUUUAGCUUGUGGAACCACUAGAGGUCACAAUUUUUAUCUGAUUAAAAAAAAAGAACUGUUUAAAUAUAUAAUCGUUACACAAAAGUGAUGGUCGAUUUCAAAUCUUGUGAAAAUUGAACCGAAACUGCUUGACAAAAUGGCUGCUACUUGUAUGCUAAUAGUGUAAAAGUAUGUAAUACCAAGGUUGUGGACCAUCUAGAAGCCACAGUUUUUACCUGAUCUUGAUGAAACUUAAAAUAUAUUUUUAUAUCCGAAAGAUCUUGGUUCCUUUCAAUAUUCGUGCAUAUCGGACCGUAACUUGAUUAUGGCCCCUGAUUGUACAAAAAAUCGCAUUUUUGUUUACCUUGUUCUCUGUCCAUCUCUUGCAAAAUCUGGGUGAGCUUGCCUGGCAACCGCUGGUUAAAUUAAAUUAUUAAAUGGCAAUUGUGUUUCAAUCCAUUGAAAAUCACAACCAUCUGAUGCCAGUGAUGAUCUAGUGAGUGGAUUAUGGGCUUGUCAUGUGAAUAAAUGCCUAAUUGAAAUAAAUGUCUUAUUAAUUUAUUUUAUAUUAGAUUUGAGACCAAAAGAAAGACCUGCAAUAGGCAGAUUUAGCUCUUACAUAAUGCAUCUUUAAGAUAGUUCCAUAAUAGUCCUCUGUUAUGUGUUAUUUAUUAUGAAAAGUUGACCAAGACUAGAAUAUUUUCAUCUUGUCUUUCUUAAUGUCUACACAAUCGUUUUUCUGUCCACAAUUACAAGUCAUAAAUAAUAUAGUGGGCUUAUUUAGCUACAAGUAGUUGUAGAUGUUUUUGGAGAAACCAUAUCAAAAUUCUAAGUUACUACGUACUUAUAAUUUCAGAAAUUGGUCAUAACUGGUCAUUUACUAUUCAGGAAAACGCUAUGAAGAUGUCGUUGCCUUGACUUUGUAAAUAAUCUAUGAUCAAAACUUUUGAGUUUGACUCACAGCAGACUGUGAAACUCAGGUCUUCUUUCUUUUUACCGAUAUCAUGGAUAACAUGCAUGACAAAGCUACUGGUAGACAUAUUUUUUUGUUACCUGGCACUGAUAUGUUCAUUUUUAAUUUGGUGUUUGCAUAAUGCACACAUCACAAUUCCAUGUGUGCCUUUUAUAUUCAUGUAUUAUUAUUGAUUUUUCUGAUAUCUGUACAAUGCUAAAUAUUUCCAUGAUAUGGAAUUGACUGAUUUAGUCUCGAGCACUCCAACCUAAAUUGACUGUGCUUGGACAAAAUAGCAGCAGUUGUGUGUAAGGUAACUAGCUGUUCACAUACAGUUCAUCAGUUGAUUUAUGACAGGCAGUGGCUCAGUGAGAAAGACGUUGGCUAGCUAACCUGGAGGUCCUGUGAUCAAUCCCUAUGUUGGCAGAGAAGGUACAUCUGGAUUUUUUGGCGUGGUUCCCCCUUGUCAGUGGUGCAGGACAGAGGGCCUGGCAAGGGACAACAUAUAG